UAUAUAUAUAUCUUAACCGCAGUAAAUAUUAUGAGUGGAAUAGAUGUUAAUGAUAUCUUAGAAGAGUUUGAAACCACCAGUAGAAAUGAAAUUUCCAAAUCAUUAUAUAGUGAGAAUCUUUAUGAGGAAUUAAUAACGGCGAUGAUCAAUGAACGAAUGUCGCCCGAGUUAUUACCCUAUAAGAAAGAACUACUAAAUCAAGUAUUAAGAAGAAUUUCUAAUCAACAACAAGAUUUGUUAGAUUCUCAUGAAUAUGGAGAAAUCAAUGCGGAAUCAGGAGUAGUUUCAACUGAUUUUAAAUUACAAUUAAUGAUUAUAGAGACAGAUAUAGAACGAUUUAAUUAUUUGGUAAGACUAUACCUUAGAACUAGAUUAACAAAAUUAGAUAAAUAUACUAUACAUUAUAUUAAUGAAACAGUUGGUAAUGGGAAAAUUCUACUAUCUCCUGAAGAAGAAGAAUAUAUAGAUCAACAUUUUAAAAUCCUUACUAAAUUAUAUAAUAAUUGUUUCUUAAAGAAGAUGCCAUCUUCUUUAACACUUUUGGAUGAUACGACCGGAGGUCAAAGUAUGAUAGAAAUUCCUGAUACAGAAAGUCAUGUAUUUAUUAAAUCUAUAACAAAAUCAACUAUAUUUGUUACUCUUGAUGAUGGAGAAGAACUUAAUAUUGAGAAUGAAGGGAUAUAUGUUGUCAAGUAUAGUUCCAUUAAGAGAUAUAUAGAAAUUGGAGAUAUAGUAUUAAUAUAGUAUUAAUAAACUAUUAAUAUA